AUGGCGGAACCAAUCGCAAUCGUUGGCUCUGCUUGCAGGUUUCCAGGUUCUGCGAGCUCACCAUCUCAGCUCUGGGGUUUGUUGAAAGCACCAAGAGAUGUGAUACGCGACUUUCCUGUCGACAGAUUCAACUUUUCCGGCUUCUAUGACCAGGACGGUGACCGUCCGGGCUGUACCAAUGUUCAAGGCCAGUCCUACUUGCUUCAGGAAGACUGCCGACUUUUCGACAAUGCUUUUUUUCGUAUCAAUAACAAAGAGGCCCACAGUAUGGACCCCCAGCAGCGGAUUCUUCUGGAAACAUUCUUCGAAACCCUUGAAGCUGCUGGGUGGCCAUUGGAAAAGAUGGAAGGGUCUUCGACUUCGGUUUACGUUGGGGUGAUGACUUCGGACUAUAACGACAUUCAGAUGCGCGACCUGGAGAGUCUUCCAACUUAUUCGGCAACUGGUUUGGCACGCAGCAUCCUUGCGAACAGAUUAUCUUACUUCUUCGAUCUGAAGGGACCGUCGAUGACUAUCGACACAGCAUGCUCCAGUUCCAUGGUUGCCCUACAUCAAGCAGUCCAAGGACUCAGAAAUGGUGAUGCAGCGCAAGCCAUCGUGGCAGGCAGUACGCUAUUACUUGAUCAUGCAACUUACAUCGCCGAAUCCAAGCUGCAUAUGCUCUCUCCCGACUCCCGCUCAAGAAUGUGGGAUAAAGGUGCAAAUGGAUAUGCUCGGGGUGAAGGCUGCGCGGCGAUUCUUCUCAAACCACUUAGCAGAGCCAUUGAAGACAAUGAUGAUAUCGAGUGCAUCAUACGUGAAUCAGCUGUCAACUCAGAUGGCCGCACGCAAGGAUUAACUAUGCCCAACUCAUCUGCUCAAGCAAAUCUCAUUCGACAGACGUACGAGAAAGCUGGUUUAGAUUCUCUCAAGGAUCGCUGCCAGUAUUUUGAGUGUCACGGCACCGGAACCUUGGCCGGGGACGUGGCCGAAGCUCGUGCGAUCCAAGAAGCUUUCUUCCCAAGUGGAGCUGAUGUUGUACCCCCAGCCAAUAAACUGUAUUGCGGUUCUAUCAAGACCGUGAUCGGACAUCUCGAAGGCUGUGCUGGCAUUGCCGGUAUUCUGAAGGGAUCCUUGGCUAUCCAGAACCAAGAAAUACCUCCAAACAUGCACUUCAAGCAUUUAAAUCCGGCGAUCGAACCUCACUACGCAAAUAUUUGCGUCCCGACUUCCCUUGUAUCUUGGCCGGAUACCAAUGGCAAGCCGUUACGCGCGAGUGUGAACAGUUUUGGCUUUGGUGGUACUAACGCUCAUGUUAUCCUCGAGAGCUAUCAACGGUCUUCUGUCGCAAUGCCUGUGGAUCAAGAGAGAGGAAACUGCGAGUCCCAAACUAACCUCGUUGGGCCGUUCGUUUUCUCGGCAAAAAGUCAUUCCUCCUUACUUGGUUCUCUCGCGCAAAUGGCAGACCACAUUCGUCGAAAUCCCUCACUUGAUUUAGACGCUCUGAGCUGGGUACUCCAUUCGAGGCGGACUGGAUUUGUCCUAAGGACCGCAAUCGUUGCUUCGGAUCGCCAAAUGCUCCUUGAUUCUCUGGAAAGGCAACUUAUCUUGGAUGAGGCACGUUCUGAUUCCCAAGGCCCGGGAUAUGAUUACCAUCGUUCGAAAAUUCUUGGUGUCUUCACUGGCCAGGGCGCACAAUGGGCAUGCAUGGGCCGCGAGCUCAUGGUCCAGUCACCUACCUUCCGGAAAUCUCUCGGAGAAUGCGAAGAAGCACUCAGAGCACUUCCUGAUGGGCCUUCAUGGUCUCUGAAACAGGAGUUAAGCUUAGAAGCCCCUCUCUCACGAAUUUCCCAAGGUGAAAUCUCGCAACCACUCUGUGUAGCGAUUCAAAUAUCUCUUGUACACCUUCUACGAGCCGCUGGCGUUCAUCUCGACGCGGUUGUAGGCCACUCUUCGGGCGAAGUCAGUGCUGCAUAUGCAGCCGGGCUUCUGAGCGUAAGAGAUGCUAUGGGCAUCUCCUACUACCGAGGAUUAGUAGCUCAUCUAGCUCAAGGUGACUCAGGUCAAACAGGUGCAAUGAUUGCUGUCGGUAUGGGGCUCGAGGACGCAACAGCCUUUUGCUCACAGGCCAGAUUUGUUGGCCGUAUCGGGGUUGCUGCCAGUAACUCGCCUUCUAGCGUUACUCUCUCUGGUGAUUCGAAUGCUAUCCACGAAGCGGAAGUUAUCUUUGACCAAGACAAGAUAUUUUCACGGCUGCCGAAGGUUGAUAAGGCCUAUCAUUCCCAUCACAUGAUUUGCUGUGCAGAAGCAUACUCGGACCUCCUGAAAUCAUUGGAUGUCUCCCUUCAAGCACCCCAAAAAGAUUGUGUCUGGUACUCGAGUGUGGAUGAACAUCUAAACUCGCUUCAGGGAUCACUAGAGUCUUUGAGCGGCCCAUAUUGGGUUGAGAAUAUGAUCAGACCCGUUCGAUUUUCCCAAGCUCUGGAGGCGGUUUUGUCGCAAGGCAAUUCUUUCGCCAUCGCAUUGGAAGUCGGGCCCCAUCCCACUUUAAAGGGCUCCGUGAACGAGACAUUCAAACGAGUUGCUGACGCUUCGAUACAAUACGCUGGCUGCUUAGAACGUGGAAAGAACGAUGUAGAGUCUAUGUCAGCAAUACUUGGACUGCUGUGGACCCAUCUGGGUCCUUCAUCUGUCGACCUUGACGGCUGUCGUACCGCCUUCAACAAACCGAAAAACCCGCAAAUGCCAAAAGCUCUCCCCUCAUACUGUUGGGACCAUGAACAGAUUUUCUGGCACGAAUCACGCCUAUCGCGCGAGUAUCGUUCCAGCGCUCAACGCACGCAUGAGCUCCUGGGUCGUCUGCGACAAGACACACAGUACGAAAUGACUUGGCGAAAUGUGUUCCGUCAGAAGGACAUCCCUUGGCUCCGAGGGCAUAGGUUCCAGGGCCAAGUUGUCUUUCCCGGGGCUGGCUAUGUCAGUAUGGUGAUGCAAGCGAGUGAGGCAUUCGUGCGUGCCCGUCCUGUCAAAAUGUUGGAGAUCCAAGAUAUGAAUAUAGCCAAGGCGUUGGUGAUCCACGAAGACGACGAAGGCGUUGAGAUCAUCUUCACGAUUAGAAGCCGUCACAACCCGAGUAAAAUGGCCGAUGAUUUUAUCCUACAAGCUGAUUUUACUUGUUACAGCUGCUCUGAUGAGCGUACGUUGGAUAUGUGCUGCGAUGGCGUUCUGGUUAUACAUCUCGGCUCGUCUACAAGUGGGUAUUUUCCACCCAGCCCUAUUUACGUCAGCUUUCAGGUCGGAUUUGCUACCUUUGCCUCGACAGCCGAGAAAGCCAUGGGAAGUACGUAUCUUCCAGCCGGAAUUAGACGUGCUUUCGUCGAUCCCGCGCAGAGAUAUCGAGCACCUUCAGGAGAAACGAGCAUAGGGAUCGAUGCCCACCUCGUCAAGUCGACUAGCAGUAUUUUAGAACUUGACAUCAAUCUUUAUGAUGAAACAAGUAACGCAUCUGGUGUCCGAAUUGAUGGUCUAAUCCUCAAAGCCAUUGCCGAGCCGCAGCCUUCAGAUGACAGACAACUGUUUGCAAAGACAUUUUGGGACGUGGACGUAGCGUGUGGCCUUCCAGAUCCAUCAUCAUCUGAGGCUACAAAAGAAGACUUUCAGUACAUCGAUGCCGUAGAGCGUACCGCGCUCUUCUUCAUGCAAGACUUGUGCCGAAAGAUACACGCCGAAGAAAUUGCGGGUUUCAAAUGGCACCACCAGGCUUUAUUUCGAGGCAUCAAUACGCUUCUGGAUCCAAUUCGUGAAGGCCGCCAUGCCAUCGUGCAGAAGGAAUGGUUGAACGACACCGAAGAGACGAUUCGUGAAUUUGCCAACCAUUUUCAAGACAGUGUUGAUCUGGCGCUCUUGACUGUUGUGGGCGAGAAUCUUCCUUCAGUAGUUCGGGGCGAGUCAGAAAUGCUGGAGCACAUGCUGAAAGAUGACCUACUUGGCCGUUUAUACACUGAAGGUCGAGGAUUUGCAGCUUGUAACGAGAAUAUCGCGGAGUUUAUGCGCAAAAUCAGCCACAAGCACCCCAGGAUCAAGAUUCUGGAAAUUGGUGCUGGUACGGGUGGGACAACACGCAGUGUCUUAGACGCUAUUGGCAGUUCAUAUCUGUCUUACACAUAUACCGACAUUUCGGCUGGCUUCUUUGAGAAAGCAGCUCGUAGGUUUGCCGAUCAUUCUCCAAGGAUGGACUUCAAGACUUUCAAUGUUGAAGAAGAUCCUGUAGACCAAGGAUUCGGGAAAGGACCGUACGAUGUCAUCAUCGCGGCAAAUGUGUUACACGCAACUCGGAGGCUUGCCCAAACGGUCCAGCAUGUCAGAUCUCUGUUGCGUCCAGGAGGUUUCUUGCUUGCCGCAGAAGUCACAGGCACCAUGCUACGCGAGACUGGCUUGAUGGGGGGCCUUGAAGGCUGGUGGUUGGGAGUCGAGGACGGACGGUUCCCAUGCCCUGGUGUCUCCGCGAAAGAAUGGGAUGAUAUCCUUCUCGCGAAUGGAUUCUCCGGCGUCGAAUCUAUAAUCUAUGAUUUCCCUGAUAUCUCACGGCACAAUUGCUCUGUCUUCAUCACGCGUGCCUUCGAUGAGCGGCUUGAGCUGUUGAAUGACCCGCUGGCAUUGGUAGGCCCCAUUCCAGAGUCUCGAGUAUUGAUCCUUGGAGGUCAGACGAUGUCUGUGUCUAAAGUUGUUCGCCAAGCCGGAAAGCUUGCGAAACGCUGGACACCGCAAAUUACGAUAUGUCCGAACAUUGAUGCUUUAGAUCCUUCUUCAAUGAUAUCAGGAAUGAGUCUCAAUGACAGAAGACUCGAGAACCUGCAAGAGCUGUUAGGCAACGCUGCGAAUGUACUAUGGGUGGCAAAUGGUCGCCUUGUGGACAACCCAUAUUCGAAUAUCAUGAUUGGCAUCGGUCGUUCUCUGGCUCUGGAACUACCGCAUGUUGAAAUGCAGUUUCUUGAUUUUGAUCAACACUCCUCGUGGGAUAUGGAGAUGGCCACACGGUAUCUGCUCCGGAUGGUACUUCUCUCGUCUCCACAACAUCCAGAGAUUGUAGUGAAAGGGGGUAGCAUACUCAUACCACGCCUGGUCCCGGAUCAUGAUCUGAACGAAAGGCUGAAUGCAAAGCGUCAUUUCGUCCUGGUUGACGUUGAGCUAUCCGUGGCUUUGCAUUCACAUUCGGAGAAGGCUUUGUUCCUGUGCUUCGGGCACAUACAUGGGAGACCAGCAUUUGCGCUAUCCAACACCAAUUCUUCCACCGCAAUCGUAUCAACUCAUAAUUCUCUUGAGCUGUCCCUGCAAUGUGAUUACAAUGCUGGCAGCUUAGUUGUGGUGGGCUCUGCAUUGAUUGCCUCUUAUAUACUGUCCAACAGUCCUGCAACUGGCACAAUAUUAGUGCAUGAACCACUACGCUGUAUCGCAGAAGCGCUUGCCACAGCCGCGAUAUCGACGAGACGCAAGUUGCUAUUCAUUAAAGCCAUGGCAACAACAGGCCAUUCAAAUUGGAAUGUACUUCACCCACUCGCGCCGACCAGGGUCAUCCGUGCGUUGAUACCAGACGAUUCGUCUACCAUGUGGCGUUUCUCGGACGUUCAUGUUGACAACAUCUUGUCAAACCUUCCAAAUACUUGUGUGGUGAAAACUUUUGACCCUCAUUCUCUGCGUCUGGCUCAUCAAGAUGGUGUAAUUGCUGACGCGAUAGCACUGCCAACUCAAGUUGAGGUAGUGCCAUCGAUAAUCAAAAUCUGUGACACGAAUGUGUUUCUAGAUAAAUUGAAUACGGAGAGACUUUCAACGGUAGUAGAGUGGCAGCGGACUAACCUCUUGAAAGUCAUCAUACCGCCCAUCGACCUGAGCAAAAUCUUUGCUGCCGAUAAAACUUAUUUCAUGGUCGGCAUGGCUAGUGAGUUGGGCCAAUCUCUAUGUCGUUUUAUGAUCAGUUGUGGCGCUUGUCACAUUGUUCUGGCGAGUCGAAACGCCAACAGCGACGCAAAGUGGCCAGCGAGUAUACGUUCGUCUUCCGUGGAUGUUCGUAUCGUGAAAAUGGAUGUCACAGAUCGAGCACAGGUACAUGAAACGGCUUCAAUGAUUCGAAAUACCAUGCCGGAGAUUGCUGGCGUAGCUAAUGGUGCAAUGGUGCUUGAAGACUCUCUGUUCCUCAACACUACGGUUGCUUCGAUUGAGAAGCAACUCAAACCCAAAAUUGACGGCAUAGUCUACCUGGACGAGGAAUUUGCCCAAGACAAUCUGGACUUCUUCAUCGCUUUCUCUUCGCUAGGAAGUGAGUAUGGCAAUGCUGGACAGUCCAUAUAUCAUGCUGCCAAUAUGUUUAUGUCCAGCUUAGUCGCGAAGCGGAGACGAAGAGGCCAGUCAGCGUCAGUCAUCAAUAUUGGCAUGAUCACAGAUGUAGGAUAUGUUGCCAAGAGUCAGAGGGCAAACACCGAAAUCGAGCAACAUCUUCGUUCGCAAUUCUAUACGUCUCUAGCCGAAACCGAAUUUCACCAUCUAUUCAUUCAAGCAAUUUUGUCUGGCCACCCGAACUCAACAAACGCGGAACUCACGAUGGGAAUGGAAACUUUUGUCGACCAUCCAAAUGCGUCUGCAAGACCGCAAUGGUUCAACAAUCCACGCUUCUCUCACAUGGUUGUCUCACCGGUUUCCAGCGACGGAUCAGCUCGCCGUAGCACAUCAGCAGAGCAGCAUCGCAAAAGAUUGGAAUUGGCAAGUUCCACCGCCGAAGUCUCUGCCGCCUUCGAGGAGCUGUUCUGUAAGAAAAUCGAAUCAAUGAUAAAAAUUCCUCUCGCUUCGAUUAGCAUCAAAGCGCCGCUAUCCGACCUGGGCCUCGACUCCCUCCUUGCAGUCGAAAUACGGAUAUGGUUGCUCAAGGACUUGGGACUUGAUGUGCCCCUGCUUGAAAUUCUAGGCCGCGAGUCAAUAUGGUCAAUUUCAUCUCGAGCCGCGAGUAGAUACAUUGAGCAACGAACAAGAUCCGCCGAGAUGAUGGCUACAUCAACCAAUUCUGAGUCGACAGUCGAUGUCACUGAAGGGGACUCAAGCACAGCUACGGAGCGCUCUGAAAUUCUAGAAUCGCAAGUAGGAUGUUCCCAAGAGUAUGACACCUCCGAUUCUACUUCAUUGUCGAGCCCGAGAAUAGCACCUUCAGGACUCUCUUCUACUUUGGAGCUAGAUUAUACGCACACCGAGUUCGUGUCAUAUCCACAGGCGAGCCUUCACUUCUUGCAAAAUUUCUUGGAGGACCGUACGGCGUUCAAUGUUACUGCACAGUAUAGCAUUAAGGGCCAACUAAAUGUUGCCAGAUUCUCACGAGCGAUAGAAAAGACUUUAGCCUUCCACGAGGCAUAUCAAACUUGCUUCUUUACCCACCCUGGAAACUCAGAUCUCCAUCAAGGCAUUACACUAAGCGGGAAUCUGAAAGACCGCUUUGUUCAUGUUGACACAGCAACUUCUGAAGACGUCCAGCUGCAAUUCCAGACCCUAGUUGAUACUGAGUGGGACUUGCCAAAAGGGCCAAUAUUCAAAGCUGUACUAUUUACGCAUGCAACGGAGUUCCACACAAUAAUCUUUGGCUGCCAUCAUAUUAUCAUGGAUGGUAUGAGCUGGCACAUUUUUCUCCAAGAUUUGGAGCGUGGAUAUCAACUGAUUCCGUUUGCAACCGUACCGAACUCGUAUCGAGAGUUCUCUCGGCUGCAGAUCGAUGCUCUAAAGAGCGGAGCCCUGGAAGACUCCAUUGGAUACUGGAUGCAUGAGCUGGACCCAAUUCCAAGCGUGCUGCCAUUAUUUCCAUUUUCGCUGAGGAGAAGCCGACAAUCACAGCCUGUGUACCGCAAUCACACUAUCAAAGAUGGGAGCCAGAUGUGCCGGGCAACGACAAUGCAAUUCUAUCUAGCCGUUAUGCAGGCUCUUUUUGCUCGUCUCCUUGAUAUAGAAGAACUCUGCAUCGGCGUUACCGAUGCUGGUCGUGGUCCUGGCGGAAACUUCUCAAGCACUAUCGGCCAUUUCACUAAUCUUCUACCUAUGCGCUUUCGGAUGAGCAAAGAGCGACCGUUCGAAGACCUCGUCCAGGAUACGUCCCGGAAAGUCCUAAGCAGUCUUGAUCAUGCUCAAAUUCCUAUUGAUGUCAUCCUCGAACGUCUUGGGAUGCCACGAUCUUCAGCACAUACACCGCUUUUCCAAAUCGCCUUCAAUUAUCGCAUUGGCGACUUGUUACAGCGAAAGCUGGGAAAUUGCUCUCUAAAUUUGGUGCGGUACGUGGACGCGAAGACGCCCUAUGACUUGACGUUCAACAUUACACAAACAACACCUGGAGCCCAUCUUAUUGAGAUUUCAUCUAGCACCUAUCUAUAUUCCGCUUCUACCACCGAAUUCAUUAUGAAUACCUACGUAAACUUGCUUGAGAGCUUAUCACUUGAUCCAUUACAAACAUUGCAGAGCUGCACAACAUGCAGCAAGCUUCAGCUCGAGCGAGCACCCAGUCUGGGACGAGGUCCAAGAAUCCAGCACAUGUGGCCCGAGACACUGACAGAAAGAUUCCAACAAGUAUGCACCGACUACCCAGAAUCCCUUGCCAUCAAACACAACCAGCUUGUUAUGACAUAUGCCCAACUUUCACGUCGAGUGAUCAAUCCCAGCAUAGACACAUAUGCGGCCAUGCUCGGAAUCUUGCACGUUGGAGCUAUUUAUGUCCCUCUUGAUCCUGUUCUGCCAGUCGCACGACAACGAGCCAUAAUGAGAGUGUGUAAGCCGGAUCUGCUGCUUUUUCACUGUGCUACCACUAUUGCCGUAGCACAGUGCGAUGUGGGAGACUUUGUUCCAAGGCUGAACUUGUCCGAGUUACCAAUUUCUGUCGACGAGACUCCGGCCACGGUAGCAUUGGACCAUUCGGAUGCCUUUUUACUCUUCACUAGCGGCUCAACAGGUACUCCAAAAGGAGUUAGACUCACACAGAGCGGCGUGAUGAAUUAUGCUGCAUCGAAAAGUGCAUUUCUCGGUCUUGGGCAAGUGACAGUGCUGCAGCAGAGUUCGAUCGGAUUUGACAUGUCAAUCGCUCAGGCUUUCAACGCUUUUGCAAAUGCAGGAACCCUAGUGGUGGCUUCAUCCGAGUGCCGCGGAGACCCAAUGAUGAUUGCGCGCCUGAUGAUGGAGAACUCUGUCCACUUCACAAUAUGUACUCCUUCGGAGUAUCUCAUGCUCGCUACUUAUGCUCCGGACUUGCUUCGGGCAUGCAGUUCGUGGCGGUAUGCCUGCUCCGGUGGAGAGCCUGUUGCAGACGGCUUGGUCUCUGCUUUUCAACGAUUGGAAAUACCUGGCCUCACCUUGACGAACUGUUAUGGGCCGACUGAAGUUUCUUGUGCCGUAACACUACGCUCCUUGCCUGUUCAAGACGAGUCCAGCAUGCCUUAUUCGGUUGGUAAAGCCAUUCCCAAUACAUCGGUCUACAUCCUCGGCGAUAGCUGUGAGGCAUUACCAAUAGGAUUUCCAGGAGAGAUAUAUAUUGGCGGCCGCGGCGUUGCGAGAGGCUACCUUGAUAUCGAGCUCAAGUCCACCAAAUUUCUACCUGAUCCAUUUGCCACCCCAGAAGACGUCUCACAGGGAUGGGGCUUCAUGUACAAGACAGGUGACAGGGGGUGUUUACUCGAGGAUGGAUCUCUUGUCCUAUCAGGCCGAAUCGAGGGAGACACUCUCAUCAAACUCCGUGGCUUUCGGAUUGAGCUCAAUGAAGUUGCCAAUGCCAUUCUACAAGCAUCAAAAGGCGUUCUAUCCGAUGCAAUCGUCACAGUUCGUGGCCAGCCAGAGUUUCUCGUCGCUCACAUUGUAUUGGCAUCAGGAAAGAACCAAACUCAGGCUGAGCUGGACAGGCUUUGCGCUUGUCUUCUCUUGCCCCAAUAUAUGAUCCCAGCGAUGAUUAUAGCGAUUGAUCAUUUACCCACUACAAUUAACGGAAAGAUAGACAGAAGAGCUAUGUCCGAGUUUGCCUUGCCGACUCGAAACAGGGAGUAUGGUGAUGACAGCAAUCUUACAAUAGCCGAAGGAGAGUUGCGAUUGAUCUGGAAAGAUAUUCUUGGCGACGCCGCAGGUGCUGCUCAUAUCAGAGCCGACACAGACUUCUUCGUCAUAGGAGGGAGUUCGUUACUCCUUGUGCGCUUACAGAGUGCUCUCAAAGAGAGAAUGGGAAUUGGCAUACCCCUUCACGAGCUGUACCGCUGCAGCACAUUGAGAGCUAUGGCAGCAGUAACAAACGAGGAGCGAGGCCGGCUCGUUACACAGACAAUCGACUGGGAAUUGGAGACAUCCAUUGAUCCUGUCCCAGAGCAUGUUUUAGCAGCUAAUGGAUCUACAAACCCAGUUCUGACUCUUCGAAAUCAGCGGAGAAUUGUGCUUACAGGCGCGACGGGCUUCUUAGGCUCAGAGAUCCUCACGGUUUUGAUGGAUGAUAACGAAGUUGCAACUAUAUACUGUAUUGCUGUACCUGCAGAUGCACGACAUAGAAUACCGGUGGACCCCAAGGUCGUCGUUCACACUGGAAGUCUCUCAAGUCCCAAUUUGGGCCUCUCCAGAAGCGAGAUGGCGAUUUUAGAGGGCAAUAUCGACCAAAUCAUCCAUGCGGACUCGCAAGGACACUGUUUGAACAACUACGCCUCACUCAGAGACGCAAAUUAUCUCUCUACCAGAUUCCUCACGACAAUGGCGCUUCCCUACCGAGUACCUAUUCAUUUCAUCUCAUCCCCGCGCGUCAUCCUCCAGUCUGGCACAUACACCUCGCCAUCCAUCUCGAUGGCUGCCUGCCCACCACCCACAGAUGGCUCCCAAGGUUUCACAUCCUCUAAAUGGGCCAGCGAGUGCUUCUUAGAGAAAAUGGCGAACAAAACAAGUCUUCCCGUUGUCAUCCACCGUCCCUGUUCGGUCAUUGGCGCAAGAGCGCCGCACGACGACGCCAUGAAUGCAGUAAUCCGCUACUCGAUUCUCAGUCGAACGGUCCCCGAUCUUCCCAACAUCGAAGGUUUCUUUGACUUCAAAGACGUGGCCACCGUCGCCGCUGACAUUGUCCGCUGUCCCGUCCCUGCUGCAGGCAUUUCGUUCAAGCAUCAUAGCAGCGGAGUUCAGGUCCCCUUCAGCCAGCUUGCGCGGCGAAUGGAGAACCUAUAUGGUGGGAAGUUUGCACUCGUGAGUAUGGCGGAGUGGAUUCUAACUGCGAUUGAGCUCGGCAUCGAGGACUUGAUUGUGAGGUAUCUGGAGGCUAACAUUGCGGGUGGAGGGAAGCUGGUAUUUCCUUAUAUGGGAGAAUCAUUAUGAGGCUGUUAUAUAUAUUUCAUUUCCUCGCUGCAGUCUGUCUCUUGUUCCAUUUUAAAUUAUUUAUUUUUUAGUGUAUUCGCCUCAAUAUCUUUGUCAUUUGAGUCUUGGUAUUCAGGCACAUCUGAGCAGGCUUCGGCGCCGAUAUUAAAUUAUUCGAUAAUAUCGUGCCGAUAUCGAAUCCGU